AUGAAAUAUAACGAACUCGGUAAAACAGGACUUAAAGUAUCUCAUGUUAGUUUGGGAGGCGCUGCGUUUAGUAAUAUUUACGGAGCGUUUGAUGAAGAAAAGGGUCUGGAAUUAAUAAGAGAAACCCUCAAAUGUGGUGUUAAUUACAUUGAGACCGGCCCCUGGUAUGGAUCGGGGACUUCUGAACGAACUAUUGGAAAGGCGUUGGUGGGAGUGCCAAGAGAGUCGUACUUUAUUGGCAGCAAAGUGGGAAGGUAUGAGCAGGCCACGGAGAGAAUGUUUGACUUCUCCGCGGAGAAGACCGAGGCAGGAGUGGACAGUACCUUGAAACUACUCGGCUUGGACUAUGUGGAUUUGAUACAGGUACACGAUUGCACCUUCGCACCAGACAUAUCCAUCGUGCUGAAAGAAACCCUCCCAGUGCUUGAGAGAGCAGUGAGGGACGGCAAGGCCCGAUACAUAGGCCUCGCAGACUACGACAUAGACCUCAUGAAGGAGGUCAUUGAAGAAUCAGAUAUAAAGAUAUCCUCCAUAUUGUCUUACGCAAAGUCCACACUGAGUGACAAACGCUUGCAAAAUUAUACAAAAUACUUUAAGAGCAAGGGCGUCGGUGUUAUUAACGCAGCCGCCACGGGUAUGGGUCUGCUGUCGAACCACGGCCCGCAAAGAUGGCACCCCGCUAGCGAUGACAUCAAAGCUAUUUGUAAGAAAGCCUCCGACUAUUGCAAGGAGCAGAACGUCGAGUUAGCUCGCCUGGCGACCUGGUUCACGCUUAAUCAACCUGACAUUGACACAAAUAUAUGUGGAUUCUACAAUAUUGAGCAGCUAAGGGACACAGUUGACGUCCUCGAUAAUGGCUUGACUGAACAUGAACAACGAGUACUACACGACGUCCAAUUAAGGUUCUUCGACAAUGUGACUCUGCACUGGGACAACGUAGAAUUGCCAGUUUACAAAGCUAAGUUAAAUGCUAUUCAGAACAGGUGA